AAAUGGACAAAAAAAGAAAAUUUUGGAUGCUUAAAGCCCCAGCGACUUUCAUUUCUAAGGAUAUGAAAAAUACGAAAAUGAAACAGUUUGGAUUAAAAACUGUGACUUCACAAGUAUUAAUGCCUCAUACACGGAUGCAUACAUUUUCAAAUAGUCGGAGGAAAAGUAAAGCAAAGGGAGCUUUGUCUUUGAAAAAGAAAGCUAUAUUGAGCCCAAAAUAGUUUAUCUCCGAAUAAAACUAUUAAUAAUCGGAUUAAAGAGGUAAAACAGGAGAUAGUUCAGAAGGAAUUACUUAAGAAGUUCGAUGAGCUCAAUCAAGAAGGUUACUUUAUCCUGAAUGAUUUUGAGUAUUUUAAAGAAUAUACUAGACAAAGCUUUAUUUAUAAGGAAAGUAUCCCAAAAAGCCGCCUGCUUACUACUCAGGAUUAUCUCGAUAUUACCGAAGAUAGGCUCUUUUUGGCUAAAUUUAGGAAGACCUUUACAAAACAAAAGCCAAAUAUAGUUAAUAGUAUAAAUGAAGACCUUAAGACAAGUAACCCUCCUCAUGGAGGGGUUUCAUUAACCAAAGGGGCAAGUGAAGCAAAUUCUUCAAAGAUGGGGAUAUAUUCUCCAAACCUCAAUGCUUCUGAUAUGAUCCCCCCUCUACCUCCAAACAUCGAGAAAAUCUACAAUAGUUUUAAAAGGGCUCAGCCAAAUAGUGGAAUCCUCCCAAGCACAAGGAGGAAGCCUCGGAAAAUCCUAAACCAGUUCAAGAAGACUGAGGCUUUCAAUAGGCUUAUGAGCACUACUCUUCGUAACAAACGAAAAUAAGCACGAGAAGAAUCAAGAGAUGGCUAUCCAUGUGGAUAGACGACCUUGUGUUUUCGUGUCUAAACUCAACAUUCUGGGACCUGUUAAUGAAUUGGCAUUAAACUCUCCUCAGAAUAGAACCCAUGUAAAGAGUGCUAUCCCUUUGGAUUUUGAAGGUAAAGGGAGAUCUAAUGGUAGUGAUUUUCAGAAACUUGGGUCAGACGAUCAUCAUAAAGCCUCAAGUUCAAGUAGCAGCUCUGAGAAUUGUACUAAGUCUGAUAAAAACAGUCUUACUUCUGAGAUCACAGACUCUUUAAGAGAAAGUAAUACAUUAAUUUCUUCAAAGCGGAAGACUAAAUUUAAACCUACAAAAUUUGUAAAAGUGAAAAAGAGGAAAUAUGAGCUGCCAAAUUGUUUAAAGAUUCAAGCUAAAAUUCCAAGUUUGAAGAAAGCUUUUGUUUCAAAGAAUCGAGAACCAAUGGAGCCUAUCUUAUCUAGGCCUAGCAGAAGCAGGUAUCCAUCAAUUCCUAAGAAUCAUUCUAGAAAUUUGGGCUAUUUGGGUAGGACUAUGGCCAGUUUUAAUCUGUAAUAAAACUACAUCAAACAGAGUUUCAUGGAUAUCUGGUCGCAAGCCUCUAACCAUAAAACUUCAGCUGAAGCAGUAUGAGACUAAGAAAUUAUCAUUUA